UUACAGGGUGCAGUGCAGUGUUUUUGGGUGAAAAAUGUUGUCCUUCUUUGCAAAAUACCUCAAAAGUUUUUCAUAUCACAAAUCCUUCGGGACUACGUACAUUUUAUCGGCACUUGUGGGACUCUUGCCGUACUCCAUGGUCGACGUGAAGGAUCAACCGGAAAAGAAAUCACAAGAAAAGAUUAAGACCAUUUUCCAAUUUUCCUUUCCUCUGUGCUUUAUCACAAUUCUCUGGGCUGCUGGUUACAUCACAAACUACAUUUGGGCCAAUCAGGGUGUCCUGGCCAUUCCAACCAGUCGCAAUUAUCCCAUAAUCAGCAUUGUGGGACAUUUGAUGCACAUUUACUUGGGAAUUUGCAUCUUUAUCACCAGCUUAAUUUUUACUCCGUACAAAAUUUAUCGCUACAACAUCUUGGCCAUUCAUCUCUUGUCGCUAGAUCGGGAGCUCACCAGUAUCUGUGGAAAGCCCAUUGACUACCGCACUACUGUAGUCUUUCAGAUCCUCUUCAUCAUCGGUGGAGGUCUUCUCGUGCUACUGGCCUUGAUCUUUGACUAUCUUGUCUUUAUGGAGAUGUACGGAAAUUACAUGGCGAUCAUUUGCUUUGCUUAUGUUUACCCGUAUUUAUGCUCCGGAGUGAUUCAUCUGCAAUUUAUUACGAUUAUUCACUCCACACUGCAACGUUUUAAAGCUAUUAAUGUAUUCCUCCAACACAUUGCCGACAUCAACGUUCCUACUUCGAAUGCAGCCCUGCAGUCAAAGCUCAAAAGUGCCCAGAAGGAAAAGCCCGAGAAGGAAAUUCCAUCAAAUGAACUCCCUAAAUCAAACACAAAACCAAUUUUUGCCGGAGAGAAUGCCCUUCCUGCAAAUGCGCACACCCGUCUCAAUGAGAUCUUCAUCCUCCACGAUAAACUCUGUGACAUCUCUGAAGCUAUUAAUGACGCCUUUUCACCACAGAUUGUCUCAACAAUCACCGCAGGCUUCAUUAUCAAUAUCUUUGGAUUUUUUAUUGAGACAAAGGUAGCGUUCUGGGCAUGGGGGCAGAACGUGACGUUGAUCUUAAUUGCAACAUCCUACGUAUUCUGGGGUGCAAUAAAUGCUCUCAUCAUCUACAUCAUGCUAGCUUGCACAACAAACACCAGGGAAACCGCCAAUGCAGCUGCUUUGGUUGUGCACAAGAUCCUCCAGAAUAAGCCAGCCUUCAUGCUAAAUGACGAAAUCUACUACAAUAAGAUGAAAAGCUUCACCCUCCAGAUCCUUCAUCGAAAGAAUACUUUUCAUUUCAAUGCUCUUGGACUCUUUCGGCUCGAUUAUACCUUCAUCUUUUCAGCUGUUAGUGCUGCAACUAGCUACUUGAUUGUUUUGUUGCAGUUUGAUCUAACAGAUUAUCUCGUAGCUUUCGACACAAUGCUUCAGGGGAGUUCUUAGAUUUUCUCCAGUUGGCAUUUUGAUGUAAUUUUUGCUGCUUAAGCACGUUUUGUGUGAAUUUUAAAUGGAGAAUCUUCACAUAAAUUUGUUUUAUUUUAAACUUAAAUCAAAAAUAAAGCGUUGAAGCGUACAAAAUGG